AAUCAGCCAAAAAUUGAUAUGAAUCAAAAUCAAAUCAUGUUUUCCUUAUAGUAUAAUAAAAAAAAUUAUGAAAGAGGUACUUAUAAUCUGUCAGAAAAUAAUUCGACAAGAGAAUUAUAUCAUAUAUUUAUAUAUAUGACAUUAAUCUAAUUUUAAAUGGAAGACACCAUUUCAUUUAAAGAAAAAAAUGCAAGACUUUUUAAAAAGUUAACCUUAUUUGUAAACUUGAGGAUAACUCACGACUAAAUGAUCCCCAACCCAACCGAAGUUAUAUUAUGCUACAGCUUUGUGGUUGAGACUUGGAGAAAAGAAAAGAAAAUGACCAAGUCAACGAGACAGUUCCUGACUAUGCAAAAAAAUAGAAAGAGUUAAUUGAGGAUUAAAAAGCAUAGGCAUACAUAUACGUACGUACGUACGUACCCUUCAAAACGGGAUAAUUUGGCUGGUCCUAAUAUAAUCCUAACAUAACACCACCAACCCCUCUAUCUAAUACCCUCUUAAUCCAAUCUCCACCAAAUAAAAACUAAGGAAACUUCAUCCCAUGUCCAUUUCUGGAUCACUGUUUUAUCUUUCUCUUUCUUUUUCUCUUCAUUAUUAUUACUUACCAACAUAAAAUUUAUUACAAUAGUUUUUAAUAACAUUCCUAGUACUGCGACAAAAUCACUGCUAUCUAUAUAGCUGUGUUGUGUGUUUAAUUUCACGUUACAGAAGAAACCCAUUUCGCAUAAGAAGAAGAAGAAGAUCAUAUUCAUUUCAGAUAAAUCAAAAUGAACGAUUUAUUCUCAAACUCAUUCAAAAGAUAUACGGACCUGAAACAACAGUCGUACCUAGAUGACUUGGAAGCUGGGAAAGAGAGUGCCAAUCUCGACAAAUUCUUCGAAGAUGUGGAAAAUGUCAAGGAAGACAUGAAAUCAGUUGAGAAGCUUUACAAGAAACUACAGGAUGCAAACGAGGAGGGUAAAAUCGUCCACAACGCCAAAACCAUGAAGGAGCUUCGGUCAAGAAUGGACACAGACGUGGAACAGGUACUGAAAAGAGUCAAAAUCAUAAAGGGAAAGCUCGAAGCUUUAGAACGUUCAAACGCAGCCAAUCGAAAUCUUCCCGGGUCCGGACCCGGGUCAUCGGCUGACCGUACCCGAACCUCGGUGGUGAGCGGGUUGGGGAAGAAGCUGAAGACUAUGAUGGACGAUUUUCAAGGGUUGAGGAAUCGAAUGCAAUGUGAGUAUAAAGAGACAGUGGAACGAAGGUACUUUACCAUAACAGGGGAGAAAGCGAGUGAGGAGACUAUAGAGAAUCUUAUAUCGAGUGGAGAGAGUGAGAGUUUUUUACAGAAGGCGAUUCAGGAACAGGGCAGGGGUCAGAUUUUGGACACGAUUUCAGAGAUUCAAGAACGACACGACGCGGUUAAAGAGAUUGAGAAGAAUUUGAUUGAGCUUCAUCAAAUUUUCUUGGACAUGGCGGCUCUGGUGGAAUCUCAGGGUCACCAGUUGAAUGAUAUAGAGAGCCACGUGGCGCAUGCUAGCUCGUUCGUUAGGCGUGGGACUGACAAUCUCCAAGAGGCUAGGGAGUACCAGAAGAGCUCCAGAAAAUGGACGUGCAUGGCUGUUGCUCUUGGUGCUAUUGUCAUUUUUCUUCUCUUGUUCCCACUUUUUACAUCCAUAUUGCCUACUUUGAUCUGAAAAUGAAAAUGUUUACUUGGAAUUAUUAUUUUCCAUUAACGACAAAAAAGGAAAAAAAAAAAAAAGUUGGAUCUCUGUGUGUAUAUGGUGCGGUGCAAUUCAGUAAAGUUGCAUAGCCUAAUUAAUGUAAGUAUUUUUUUUUCUUUUGUAAAUGUAGAGAAAUUAAUAGGUGUACAUGAAUUUGCUGGUUUAUAAGAACAGGUGAUACUAUUUGUAUACUAUUAUCGAUUAUAUUUUUGAAUUCUCUAAUGAAAUUACCAUUUGACUA